AGAAAAUAUUCACAUUUAAGAAGCUGGAAUCAGAGAAUAUUUACUUUUUUCUUAAAAAAAUGACUCUAAUCGAUUAGCAAAAUAGUUGGCGAUUAAUUUAAGAGUUGACAAAUAAUAGAUUUAAUCAUUGCUGCUCUACAGCUGGGAUAAGACAAAGUGUGACUGUACAGUUUCCUAGACCUGAGAAGUGGAUUUAUUUAAGUUUACUGAGGCAAUUACAAAUUUAAACCUGCUAAAAAGCAUUAAUUUGGUGAGAAAAAAGCCUUUUUCAUAUAAUGUAAUUGCAAAACCAGACAGUUGAAGCCAAAUUCAAGUAGCUCCCCCCAAAAAGAAAUAAAUAAACCAGCUUUGUGAUCAGAUAUGUCUCAUAACUGCUCUCCACUGAAUAAACCAACCAGUAGAAUCAAGUAGUUUUCAUAAUUUUCCAGAGUUACAAUGAGUCUCUUGAGAACAGGGUAGUGUUUCUUCCCUAAUUUCCCAGCGAACAGCAGAUGUUUAACACCAGUUAUUUCUAGCGAGAACUCUCCAGUGACACAGCUAUCACUCUACAGCUUCAUUAUAACAUAAUGAUCUCUAAUGCUCACUUUAUUUCAGUAGUAUGUUCACUCGUCAAACACACAACAGAUAUAUUUCUUCUUUGUGAGCUUCAGUUUGUGUUUCUAGAAAAAAAAUCACGUCACAUUGUCUUUUUCUCAUUUCAAAUAUCAUGCUCUGAAUUUUCACCUUGAAAUGUCAAAUUUUCUUUUCCUCCGUGUGCUUACAGCUCGUGUGACAUGUGACAGGUGAUUGUGUGCAUGUUUUCUAUGCUGAGGCGUUCAACACCAGCUCUGUGCACACACACACACACGCACACACACACACACACACACACACACACACACACACAUCCACACUCCUGCGUAAACUGUGUGUCCAUUCAGAGACGUGAAGCUGCCCCCAUCUGUACAAUCUGAUCAAGUUUGUGAGCUGAAAGGCAAAUGGAUGUUUUGAUGAAAGCAGUGCUAUCAAAUGAUUAAAGGACUGUUUGCUUAUGUGGUUUCUACUGGUGACUUUUUGUUUUUUACUACUGUAGGAACUUAUGAAAAGAGGCCGACAAAAUAUGCAAGUCUUCACGUCUGAAAUGUCGAAAAUCCAGCGGAACUACAUGACUGAAACCCUGUUUUUCAUGGUUUGGUGUUAAUAAUUACUCUAAUUAAUAAUCUGCUGACACUGCCCAUUAUCACAGCUGGCCAAAGGUCUCACUUGGACUGACCACCACAAAUCUACUGCCCAUGCAUCGCUCUUCUUUUCUUGGUCUAGGUGUUUUUGCAGCUGAAUGUGAUUUUUAUUUUUAAGCUUUAUUAGAAGCAAAGCGAAAUUAAAUCAAGCUACAGGUUAAACAAAGUGUAUUUAAGUGGAGAAUAUGGAGAAUCCUUCAUCAGACAAAGUGAUCAUCAACAACCCAGCAGACAUCGCCGUCAUUGUUGGAUAUUUCAUCAUGGUUAUCAGUGUCGGCAUUUGGGCCAUGUUUCGCACCAAUCGUGGGACAGUUGGAGGAUAUUUCCUGGCAGGACGCACCAUGACCUGGUGGCCGGUUGGUGCAUCUCUGUUUGCCAGUAACAUUGGUAGUGGUCACUUUGUGGGCCUGGCAGGCACCGGGGCAGUUAGUGGCAUCGCUGUGGGAGGCUUUGAGUGGAAUGCUCUGUUCAUCGUGUUGCUGCUGGGCUGGUUGUUUGUACCCGUCUACCUCACCGCUGGGGUGAUCACGAUGCCCCAGUACCUGAAGAAGAGGUUCGGAGGGACCAGGAUCAGCCUCUACCUCUCCGUCAUCUCUCUGUUCCUCUACAUCUUCACCAAGAUCUCAGUUGACAUGUUUUCAGGAGCUGUGUUUAUCCAGCAGGCUUUAGGGUGGAACAUCUACGUGGCUGUCAUCACCCUUCUGUUAAUAACAGCCUUGUACACUGUUACAGGUGGCCUGGCUGCUCUGAUGUACACAGACACAGUUCAGACCUUUGUCAUCAUCGCCGGGGCCUUCGUCCUCACCGGCUACUCUUUUGCUGAAGUGGGAGGCUACAGCGCUCUGCUGGCUAAAUACAGCUCUGCUAUACCCAGUAAUUUCUCCUCCAUGGACCCCCAGCGCUACAACAUCUCCCCCCACUGCUACACACCUAGACAGGAUGCCUUCAGCCUGCUGAGGGACCCGACCACUGGGGACCUGCCCUGGCCUGGAGUGCUGUUUGGGAUCGCUAUAGUGGGAGGAUGGUACUGGUGUUCAGACCAGGUGAUAGUCCAGCGGUGCCUUGCAGCUCGUAGUCUGACCCAUGUGAAGGCCGGCUGCAUCAUGUGUGGUUACCUCAAACUGCUGCCGAUGUUCCUCAUGGUGUUCCCCGGCAUGAUCAGCAGGGUCCUCUACCCAGAUGAGGUUGGCUGUGUUGUCCCUGAGGUGUGUAAGAGUGUGUGUGGAACGGAGGUCGGCUGCUCCAACAUCGCUUAUCCUAAACUGGUGGUGUCAGUCAUGCCCAAUGGUCUGCGAGGCCUGAUGCUUGCUGUGAUGUUGGCUGCUCUCAUGUCCUCUCUGGCCUCCAUCUUUAACAGCAGCAGCACCCUGUUCACUAUGGACAUCUGGACGCGCAUCAGACCACAGGCCACCGAGCGUGAGCUCCUAAUUGUGGGCAGAGUCUGGGUUCUGUGCAUCGUAGCCGUCAGUAUCUGUUGGAUCCCAGUAGUGCAGGCGGCUCAGAGCGGUCAGCUGUUUGAUUACAUCCAGUCCAUCUCCAGCUACCUGGCUCCACCCAUCGCCUCGGUCUUCGUCCUGGCUGUGUUUGUGAAGAGGGUCAACGAAAAGGGUGCGUUCUGGGGUCUGAUAGGCGGCCUGGUGAUGGGUCUGUGUCGGAUGUUGCCUGAGUUCUGGUUCGGUACUGGCAGCUGUGUAUUCCCCUCUGACUGCCCUUUCCUGGUGUGUGGGAUCCAUUACCUCCACUUUGCAAUCAUACUCUUCUUCUGUACGUCGGUGCUGGUGCUGAUGGUCAGCUACUGCAGCCAGCCCAUAGACGACCAACAUCUCCAUCGUCUGGUGUUCAGCUUGCGUCACUCCCAAGAGGAGAGGGAGGAUUUGGACUGGGAGCAAGAGGAGAAAGGGAGAGAAGCCCGGAGAGAGGCCGAGGAGAGGAGGAGGGAGAACAGUGAUGCAGUGGUUGAAGAGGAAGAAAAGUCUUGUAUCCGUCGUCUGAUUGGUCGGUUCUGUGGCAGCGGGGAAGGCAGCGGCUCCCAGGCCAACGAGCAAGACACACCUGAGGUAUCAGAGAAGCUGCCUGACAUCAGCGAGGACCCGGUAUGGAAGUACACUGUGGAUACUAACGCUCUCAUUAUGAUGGCUGUAGCAGUGUUUCUGUGGGGCUACUAUGCUUAGCAGUUCUAUAAGUCACUCUUCAGAGGUUAAAUACAAGCGACGCCACCUAAUGGCAAUUAUUUGUCACUACACUGCGAAUCAGUCACAAUUAUAAAAAAGUUUAAAAUAGGAAAGUCUACUACCAACAGUCUCACUGCUCCGUAGAGCACAGUGGGAUGUGAUCCUUCACUCCAGUUUUAAAGAGUGUGUGUAAUGCGGUUUAAAAGUGUUUCAUCAGGUUAGAAGGUCAUUACUGUAUACUGUUACACGGUGAUUCAAUCUGCAACGGCUUCCUGCACUGGAAUAAAAGGUGCGAGAACAAAAAGCCAGGUAAAAUGUAAACUCAAUAAAGUCUCAAGUAGCCUGAA